UUCUGAAUGAAGCUUGAGAGCCAAUUUCUCCGUCAAUUAUUUUUGUCGGGAAGAAAAAUAAAAUAAAAAAACGUUUGAAACUCUUUUGUGUGGUCACUCUGGUCAAUUAGUUUGAGCGCACCGACGUCGAUCGUUUUAAAGCAUAACUUUGGUCAAAUUGGAUCUGGCUACAAUCAUUAUCACCACCAACUCUUCUCUCCUUUUGUGCUGUCUCUUCUUUUCUCAAAACGUGUGGAAGUUCAUCUGAAGUCAUAGUCGAAGCUUUUUUAUUGAAUUGGUCCAUUUCUGGGAGAUUGCAGAUCAAAGUCAGCUUCAAAGUUCUAGACUUUCGAUCAGGGUUGUUGGUUUUUCUGUCAAAGGUUCGAUCUUGAUCGAGUUUCAGCAAAAGGGUCUGCAUUUAAAAGCUUAAUACUAUUGCAUUUGGACGAUUUGAUCUGAGUCUUGGCUUUUUGGAGAAAUGAGAAGCAGUAGAUAUGCUUGAGGAGGAGGAAUGGGUGAUCAGAAUUGGUCUCGUUUAGUUUUAUGGUUGAUUUUGAUCUCUGGCUUCUUGGUGAUAACCUUGGAAGAUAAUUUAGCAAAAGAUGAGGCUUUUCUUAGCUUAUUCAUGGCUCCAUCAACAAGGAAAGUCAAUGAACAAAUAGUAGAAACAUCAUGGGCGCAGCGUUGUUGGCAAGAUUCAGAUUGUGUGAAAGAAGCUGUUAUAGUUUUCAAUUUAUGUUUACCAGAAUCAAAGGAUAACUGGGAGCUAUUUGGUUUCAAGCAUUCCCAUCUUAAAAAGACUCUCCUUGGUUGUAUCCAAGAACAAGGAAGGUUGAAUGUCCAUAAACUCAAGUAUCUCAAGCUCUUACCAUCUUUGCUUGAUACUCCAAGGAGAAAUCUAGCUUCUAGACCUGUCUCCCUUUCUCCUUCCCCUUCCCCUUCCCUUCCUCCUAAGCGUAGUCGUGGCCCACCUACUCGAUCAAGAUCCCCAUCUCCGCGUAAUUCAUUUUUUCCACCAUCAAGAUCUCCAACUCCUCCUCUUGCUAAGAAGACUUCUGGAACCGCUUCAGCUGCCAAAAGAAAAGAGGAACAUGCGAAAACAAUCAUCAUUGCGGUCGUUGCGACUGCGGUUUCUACGUUUUUGCUUGCUGCUUUGCUCUUCUUAUGUUGCACCAAGGUUUGUGGAAAGGGUUCAGGACGCCGGAAAAAUGAUGAACGGCCUCUUCUCAGUUUAAGCAGUAGCGAUCACUCUGUUGGUUCCUCCAUCAACUAUGGUGGUUCUGUCAAAGGAGGUAAUCAACCAUUUAACAUUUACUCAAACCAAGGAAAGAUGUCUUCUUUCGAUGGAAGUAACUCUGACACUUCGGAUUCGUUAGACGAAAGGCUAUCACACGAAGGGAUGCGUAAUAAUAAUAUUAACGGCAGUCACGGGCUUCCUCCUCUGAAGCCUCCACCUGGAAGAACAUCUCCACAUUUAGGGAAGCCUCCUUCUGGAAAAGUUGAGCCUCUUCCACCUGAACCACCCAAAUUUCUUAAGGUAUCCUCAAAUAAGGGUUCUCAUCCUCAACCGCCAGCUCCAGCACCGCCCAUGCCGUCUUCUGCUGGUCCUCCACGACCACCUCCUCCAGCUCCUGCACCUGGUGGUUCUGGUGGGCCUAGGCCACCUCCUCCUCCACCUGGUGGUUCUGGUGGGCCUAAGCCACCUCCUCCUCCUGGACCAAAAGGACCACGUCCACCUCCACCGAUGAGUCUUGGUCCAAAAGCUCCUCGACCGUCUUCUGGACCAGCAAAUUCAUCAGGUGGUGAUGAUGCUCCCAAAACAAAGCUGAAGCCAUUUUUCUGGGAUAAAGUGCAAGCAAAUCCAGAACAUUCAAUGGUUUGGAAUGAUAUAAGAUCAGGGUCCUUCCAGUUCAAUGAAGAGAUGAUAGAGUCGUUAUUUGGAUAUGCAGCUGCAGACAAGAAUAAAAACGACAAGAAGGGAGCCUCUGGACAAGCUGCACCACAGUUUGUUCAGAUUCUUGAACCAAAGAAAGGACAAAAUCUAUCGAUUCUCUUGCGUGCUUUGAAUGCCACUAUUGAAGAAGUUUGCGAUGCACUUCGUGAAGGAAAUGAGCUUCCAGCUGAAUUCAUUCAGACUCUUAUAAAGAUGGCACCAACACCGGAAGAAGAGGUAAAGCUUAGAUUAUACUGUGGUGAAAUAGCUCAGCUGGGAACAGCAGAACGAUUCCUGAAAGCAGUAGUUGAUAUCCCUUUCGCUUUCAAGCGUCUAGAGGCACUUCAUUUUAUGUGUACACUCUAUGAAGAAAUUGCCUUUGUUAAAGAAUCGUUCCAGACAUUGGAGGUUGCUUGUCAAGAACUUAGGGGAAGUCGGCUGUUCCUGAAGCUCCUAGAGGCUGUUCUUAAGACGGGAAAUCGAAUGAACGAUGGUACAUUUAGGGGUGGCGCUCAAGCUUUCAAGCUGGACACUCUUUUGAAAUUAGCAGAUGUGAAGGGAACUGAUGGGAAAACAACGCUACUCCAAUUCGUUAUUCAAGAGAUAAUUAGAACCGAAGGAAGGAGAGCAGCGCGUACUAUCAGAGAGAGCCAGAGCUUCUCUAGUGUCAAAACAGAGGAUCUAAUGGCAGAGGAAUCCUCUGAAGAGAUGGAAGAUAACUACCGCAAUCUUGGACUUCAGAAAGUCUCAGGCUUGAGCAGUGAGCUUGAACAUGUGAAGAAAUCAGCAAACAUCGACGCUGAUGGUUUGACAGGGACUGUUCUCAAAAUGGGACACUCGUUGUCGAAAGCUAGAGACUUUGUCAACACAGAGAUGAAGAGUUCAGGAGAAGUAAGUGGGUUUCGUGAAGCCCUUGAACAUUUCAUACAAAACGCUGAAGGAAGCAUUGUGUCGAUUCUAGGGGAAGAGAAGAGAAUAAUGGCUUUGGUGAAGAGUACAGGGGACUACUUUCAUGGGAAAGCAGGGAAAGAUGAAGGGUUACGUUUGUUUGUGAUUGUACGCGAUUUCUUGAUAAUCUUGGAUAAGAUCUGCAAAGAAGUUAGUAGAGAAGCAAAGGGAAGACCAGCGAAGAUGGCGAGAAAACAAGGCUCAACAGCCUCAGCUUCUUCUGAAACUCCAAGACAAGCACCAUCGUUAGAUCCUAAACAGAAGCUGUUUCCAGCUAUUACAGAGAGACGCAUGGAUCAGUCUAGUUCAGAUUCAGACUAAACAAAAAAUAAAAAACAAUCUUUGGGUUUUGUGUGUUCAGGUAAAUCCUCUGCGUUUUGCUCUCAUGAUUUCAUCUGUUGCAGUGAUGUCAGGUUUUAGUAACUGAUGAUCAGAUGAGCGAUCAGAAAAGAGCAUUUGAGGUCAAAAGCUGGUACUGACACUGACAUUGUUCGGCCUUAGUUUUAGAAACAGAGUUAUUCUUGUUGGCAUUAGAAUAGUACUGCUUGUGUGUUUGCUUUUGUAAUAUUAUUAUCAAUUAAACUACAUAUUAUUCAUUUUGAAUUGAAACCAAAGCAACCAGUCUUUUAAAUAAUGAUAAAUGGCAGAGCUUCUUGUUGAACAAGAAAGCUCUAUGAUUU